ACUUAACUAAGGUUUCUAUGUGAAUAAGGUACAUGCCCAUUUCAUCCUUAACGUCUACCUAAUUACCUAUAAUUCUAAGCUCAUACAUCUUCAAACACACUCGACACAAAACCAAUAAAGUCCCUAGUUCUCCCUCCUAAUAAAAGUUUGGUAACGUUUCCUUUGCAAGCCGAAUCGGUCGAGGAAUUCUCGCGAGUUCUUUGAUUCGCAGCUUAUUUAGUACAUGGAUUGAAGAGCAAGGUCGCAAAUAUCCGUUUAAUCGACGGUCCAGCUACUACCUCUCCAACGUCUAUCUAUUCAAAUCGACCGCUCAAAUUUGAUAUACUACCACCUUCGUAUAGUCACAAUGGCAUCGGUAUCGCAAUCUCAGCCCAACGGGGUACCGUCUUCCUCCGCAGCAGCAGGCCCGUCGCAAUCUGCUUCGCAGCCAACCCAGAACACUGCAACUAGCGGAUCGACUACCAUACCAAACACACAAGCGACUAUCGCCUCGACAGGAACAGUAGCAGGCAGUAACAACACGCAAGCAGGCGUGUCCCAGCCUCCCUCCUCCCCGUCGCCCUCCCACGCUCCCCGGCCACGCGACGCCCGCACAAUCGAGCUCCUUCUGACCUCCCAAGGCGUCACGUCUUUCGACCAGCGCGUGCCCCUGCUGCUCCUAGACUUCGCCUACCGGCACACGUCGUCCAUUCUCUCCGACGCGCUGCACCUGUCCACGGAUCCGUACACCACCCACGCCGGUUCCAAGCCCAGCGCCGCGUCGGGCGCAGCCCCCAGCGCCCCGAGUGCCGGCGAAGCCGCCGUCACCACCAACGCCAUCAACCUGGCCAUCGCGUCGCGGCAAUCCUUCCAGUUCCGCGGCGCUUCCGGCGGCACCGGCGCCAGCAAGGAGUGGAUGCAGGAAGUGGCGCGCGACCGCAACAAGAUCGCCUUGCCGCGUGUUCUCGCCAACGAGUGGGGCGUGCGUCUCCCCAACGAGCGCUUCGUCCUGAGCGGUAUGGGCUGGAGCCUCCGCGACCAGUGGGCCGAGGAGGAUGACGGCGAUAGCGACGAGGACGAGGAGAUGGAAGGGGUUGAUACCCAGAGGCAAACGAACGCUACUGCUGGGGAAGAGGGUGGCUUGGAGGAGCUACUUGGUGAUGAUAUGGGCGAUAUGGGCGAUGAGGAUAUGGAGGGAAUGGAGUGAUUGAUCGACUAUAUUCCACAAAACCCUACCAGCAGCACACCGAGGCCAGUCUUUUGUAGCAAAAGGUACUGUGCGGCCGCAUCUUCUAUGCGAUAGAAAUUAAGGAUAAUGGCGUUACGGCGUUGGGUAAAAAGAGCAGCAACGGGUUCGGCGCGUUGCGCGACGA